CUGCUGCACACGUACCUUCGUCGCAGCAGCGAACGAGCCCGCGACUCAACAACUCCGUUGGCCGUCGUCGUCGCCGUCGUCGUCUACGUACUCGUGCGUCAAAAUUUAACGCACACAUGCACUCACGCACUCGCAGACACUGUCUAGCUGCACAGCUGCGGACGACGCUCGCUUCUGUCUCGGUCUUCGUCUGCUCGGUCGCGCGUAUUUUCCUUCUCUAUCUUACUUAUCCUCGCUCCCUCUCUCUCUCUCUCUCUCUCUCUCUCUCUCUCUCUCUCUCUCUCUCUCUUCCUCCCGCGCGCUAUACUAAACGACUAUAUAUACAUACCUAUCCUAUCCUAUAUACCGUACGUGAGUCCCGCUCGUCGGGACCUAUAUAUUGUCGAUUAGAUAUACAUGCAUAUAGCGGUGCGUGAAAAUGUCAGUUCAUCGCAGCAACUUGCUUGUGUAUAGGUAUAUCUACGCCGCCACUGAAGAAAUGCUUGUUGUUUGGACGCGUGCAUCGGCGAAAGUCGCCGCGAGAGACGUUCGAUAAAUUCGUGCGAAGUAUAAGUAUGAUGGGCGCUGCGGGCGUCGAAUUUCACCUAGCGCGAUUUUUUGAACGUAAUUCUCUCGCGGCGACUUUCUAAAAAUUAAUGUUUUAGAAACUGCUGCGGCGACCUUGCGAAUUACGUGUUAUUGUUUUUAUCAUAUAUUGCAAGGAAUAUUCUUUGGAUCGUAUGACCAAAUGCGUGUAAUGUUACUGAUAAAUAUAACUUGCCUUCAAGCGUCAAGGAAACUGAUAAUAUACGAUGGUGAUUGGCAACUUUUUCAAGACUUGAAUAUGCGAAUCAGCUAAUUAUAAUAAUCGCGCAUUACUUAUAAAUGAGCGGCAUAUAACUUGCAUUCCGAUAAUCUAAUUCGAGUAUUUACGUGUUUACACAUUCGAACAAUAACAAAGUUUGUCUAUAUAUUAUACUCUCAAAAGAGUAACAUUUUACUUCUCACCGUUAAAACGUUCAAACUAACAUUGUUCCAGCUUCCUCUUCGAAACUUAUCGAACAAGUGUCACAACCACUAUCUUUUUUAAAUCUCAGUCUGAACACCGCCGGUAAUCAAAGCUGCGAACGACAGGUGAAUCUCGAAUCCCGGGAAUAUCGAUCGAGCCGAUCACUCGUCCAACUUCAGCCCAAUCGACUAUAUCGUGCACCUCCACCACCUUAAAAUCGCGGUCGGGGAUCCAUCCAUCGGCGCGCUUGACUCAUCGCGAAGUAUAUAUUUAUAGCUAGUGUGCGCUAUACGUGUGGCGAGUGAGGUGUUUUCCGUGUUCUCCCACCGUCGAUCGAAAUCUCCGCCGCCGCGAGCGUUAACGCUUAAUUAAAACGCGGCAGUACUGUCCGGCGCGUCGUUCUGCUACUAUACUGCCCGCACAAAGCAGUCAGCUCUCCAGUUUAUACAUCGAGUCAUCAGAGAACCAGUGCGUUAUUUUCUUCCCCGUUGACGAGACAGUGAAGUGAAAAAUCAGCCAAGAUGUGCGCGAAAAUGGCUUUCCAGCAUCAGGCUGGCACAGCGAUGGAGUGCCUCAGCAUCCCAAUUACGCUUCAUAAAGAGACUGAAAUAAAUGCAAAUGGAGAGGAAGUUAAGAAGUGUGGUUUCAAAAUAGGAGGAGGGAUCGACCAAGACUUUAAACGAAGUCCUCAAGGCUAUACGGAUAAUGGCAUAUACGUAACAGAAGUUCAUGAAGGUUCUGCUGCAGCAAAAAGUGGCUUAAGAAUGCAUGACAAAAUAUUACAAUGUAAUGGCUAUGAUUUUACUAUGGUAACUCAUAAAAAGGCAGUUGGAUACAUUAGAAAGCAUCCUGUGCUAAAUCUUUUGGUAGCUCGCAAAGGAGUAACAAGUACUUAAAAUGGAUAGCAGAUGAAGAUGUGCUGCCUUUUUUUGGAUCUUUAUAAGACUCUUUCUAAACAUGUAAAAGCGUUUGCUACUGACUUUUUACAUUAUUAUAUAUGCAUUUAUAAAUCAUUUCAUUUGAUGAUUAAUUAGACUUUUAUAUAUCGAUUCAUAUAAAAUCAUUCCGAAUAAGAUAUUAUAUAGAAGUUCAUCUGCAUUUGAUAACAAUAUUCAGAAGUAUACAGUCCAGAUUAAACUUUUGCAGUAUUAUAAUCAAGUAUUGAUACAAUAUAAAAAACAAAGAGUAGAAACAUAAAAGCUAAGCCUUAAAAGCACAUCUUACAAGAGAACUUAUGUCCAAAGUAUUAUACACAGUUGAUGUAAUAUUAUUACUAAAGAAUAUCUGUAAAUGUAUAUAAUUGAUAUUUGAAGGAGAUUUAACCACUAAGUUUAAACAAAUGCAAUUUUAUUAAUAAUGACAUGUUAAUUAGAUCAACGAAAAUGUACUGCCAAAAAAGAUUCCGUCUAUAACUCACUAAGAGUAUGCAAAUUAUUUUUCAAAAAAGAAUCCUUUAUUUGUUAAUUUUAAUCGUUGAUAAACUCAAGCAGUUGGUUUAAUGAGUUUAAUAUGUUAACAAGCACUAUUAUAUCAAAAUCAUAAUUUUUUGCACUUAAGAAGGCCUAAUAUUAAACACAAUUCUUUGUGUGGCAAUUCCUCUACAACUGAUUGAUUUUUGCAGCGAUUUUACACAAAUUUAACUCGUGUCUUCAGUGACUGAAAAGGUGAUCAAAUGAAAUUGUCUAUAAUUUUUAUAAUUUAUCUACAUAAAUUUUUACAUAAUUGAAAUUUUAUGACAAUCUAUUACGAGAAUUUUGUGAUGUUCAAUUUAUUGAUUGGAAUGAAAAUUGAUCUUCCAUUGCAUAAUUAUAUUAUAUGACCUAGUCUUCUAUAAGAUCAGGGCUAAUGAAAUGGUAAAGGACUGAGCGAUCAGAACAAAUGCUCUUCGCUAUUGUUAUGUAUUAUGUUUGUUUCCAAACUUUAUAAUACCAUGUUAUAUGUAGAGUAGCAAUAUUUAUUUCUUCGAAUGUUUGUACUAUAACAUACAGCGAUAUACAAAAAUCAUGAAUCUGCACAAUGAAGCAGGUAAAACGACUAUUAUACAAUUUACACUUGUGAAACUUCAAUUUCAACUAGUAUCAUCACCUUGACGAUAAUAAAAUACUAUUUCAAUGAAAA